AGUUCUACUUACAUCAUGCUGAUGGGAGAACAGGUUUUCCCAGAUAAUUUGUCAAGGGGGCGUGACCCCUGGUAGCACAACCAAUAAGGGUCAAGCCAUAUGAUCCUGCCAAAUACAUGACUCCAACACUACUUGGGACUUUCCAAUAUACCUGAAACAAGGGGUGGAAGGGGUUAAGUUGCAAUGGGAGACUGAUCCUGAACAAUGAUCCCAACUCUAACCCUAACUCUUAUACCAAACCUAACCCUAACCCUAGCCCUAAACACCUGACCUCUCAUGUAUGUGGCAGCUCAAGGAUUUGUCUAUUCAGACCAGUGUAUGCAAAUGAGACUGUCAACCACCUGUUCCUGUGUGUGGUGGGGUCAUCAUAUUGUCAACAGUCUGUCAGUGACCAGUGGUGUGUCCAUACAACUGGUCUUCCUCUGUACAAACUUAACUCAACCUUCAACUUCAGAUCUGUACAGGGUUCUCUGAUUAACAACAUGCACAGCCACUGGAGAGACUGUCAGGAGUGGUCCAAGAUAGGACUACCCCUUUCAACAACGAGUAAUGAAGCCUGUAAGAUGUUCGAUGCUGCAGUUACACAGUAUAUUGGUUGGUAUGAUGAUGACAGUGUUGGUGGCCUGAUGGGAGCUAUGGAGAAGAUGAACCAAGCAGAUCCCAACUUUGUUAUGGGGAAGGUGGUGAGUGGUUGGUUCCAACUUGGUGGAAAGUCUAUUACAAGAGAUGAGAAGCUGAAGAAGGACAUUGAGGACCUGGUGAGAUCAGCACAGGGGAACAACUGUACAUCCAGGGAAAAACAACAUGUGGAGGCCAUACGUCUACUGGCAGGAAGGGACAUACCUGCUGCAUGUAAUGCCUGGGAGAACAUUCUGGUGGAAUAUCCUACAGACAUCCUGGCUCUGAAGCUGUCCCAGGCUUCCUACUACGACAUUGGAUACUCCGCACAGCUGAGGGACUCUGCUGCUAGAGUGCUCCCAGCAUGGAAGCCUAGCAUGCCUCUGUAUGGGUACCUGCAUGGAAUGCAUGCCUUUGGACUUGUGGAAACCAACUUCUACACUCAAGCUGAAAAAUCAGCAAGGAAGGCCCUUGAGCUGAACCCCCGGGACAUUUGGGCGACCCAUGCAGUGUGCCAUGUGAUGGAGAUGGAGGGGAGGCAGGAAGAGGGCAUCAGCUUCUUGUCAAACACCCUGCAAGACUGGGGUAGUUGUAACCUGUUUGCUGGCCAUUGCUACUGGCACUGGGCACUCUACCACAUGGAGAAGGGGGACUACUCUGCAGCUCUCAAGAUCUUUGACAACCAGUACAAGGGCAGGAAAGAUGCCUUCAUCACGGACACCAGUUCUCUCCUCUUCAGACUCAACAUGGAAGGGGUGGAUGUGGCAGACAGAUGGGAUGACACGUACAAGAUGUGCGAGUCUGAUCUGGAAGAACGAGUCGCCAUCUUUAAGGAUGUUCACCUCCUUCUGUCCUGCCUUGGUGCCAAGCAGCAAGAUUCCACCAAGAAAAUGAUGGAGUCUCUUAGAAGUUUUGUCAGUGAAGAGGGAACCCAGCCCACUGUUGCUAAAGAGGUGGGAGUUCCUAUCUGUGAGGCUCUUGUGGCUUAUGAUGAGGGAGACUAUGCCAGAGCUGUGGAUCUCAUGGCACCCAUGCGGUACCGGGUAGGAUCAAUAGGGGGCAGUAAGGCACAGCUGGACUUGUUCCACCUCUUUCUGAUCCACGCUGCCAUCAGAUCGUCUGAGACCCGUCACCACCAGUUAGCCAGGGCCCUAUUGGCUGAGAGGAAGGCACUGAAGGAGAAUUCACCAAUGACUGACAGGCUUAUAGCAGCAGCACCUCUACCUUUCUAAUGACAACUCAGACUGGUUACAAAAACCUCUGCUUGAUUAUUAUACAUUUAAUAAAUUGUAGGUUCUGCAU